GCGGGUAGGGACCGCGGCCCAAUUGCACUCGCCCGUCCUGGGCCCCGCACGCGGCGGUCGCUUUAUCGGCCGGUCCCGAGGAUGCCCUGUCGAUGCUGAUGGGACAGAAUCCAAUAUGAGUGUGAGUGAUGUUGGAGGAAGACGACGCAUCGAGGACAGCGAACACACCCUACACAUCUACCCCGGCGCCAUCGCCGAAGGGACCAUCUACUGCCCCGUCUCCGCCCGGCGGAACUCGACGGCGGCCGAGGUGAUCGGCUCCCUCAUCGCCAAGCUCCGCCUGGACAAAGCCAAAUGCUACGUGCUGGCAGAAGUGAAGGAGUUUGGAGGGGAGGAAUGGAUCCUCAACCCCACGGACUGCCCCGUGCAGCGGAUGAUGCUGUGGCCCCGGUUGGCGCUGGAGAACCGGUCCAGCGGGGAGGACUACCGUUUCCUCUUGCGGGAGAAGAAUCUGGACGGGUCGAUCCACUAUGGCAGCCUCCAGUCCUGGCUGCGGGUGACAGAGGAGCGUCGCCGGAUGGUGGAACGCGGGUUCCUCCCUCAGCCGCCACAGAAGGACUACGACGACUUGUGUAGCCUGCCGGACUUGAACGAGAAGACGCUCUUGGAAAAUCUCCGUGGUCGGUUCAAGCAGGAAAAAAUCUAUACCUACGUAGGGAGCAUCCUGAUCGUGAUCAACCCCUUUAAAUUUCUUCCAAUAUACAAUCCAAAAUAUGUGAAAAUGUAUGAUAACCACCAGUUGGGAAAGCUGGAGCCCCACAUUUAUGCUGUGGCAGACGUGGCCUAUCACGCUAUGCUUCAGCGCAAGCAGAACCAGUGCAUCGUGAUCUCAGGAGAAAGCGGGUCUGGGAAAACACAGAGUACAAACUUUUUAAUUCACCACCUGACGGCUCUCAGCCAGAAAGGAUUUGCCAGUGGAGUAGAACAGAUUAUUCUUGGAGCUGGACCAGUGCUUGAGGCUUUUGGAAAUGCAAAGACAGCACACAAUAACAACUCCAGUCGUUUUGGCAAGUUUAUUCAAGUAAAUUACCAGGAGACAGGCACUGUGCGGGGGGCUUAUGUUGAAAAAUAUCUACUGGAGAAGUCCAGACUAGUUUAUCAGGAGCACAACGAACGGAACUACCAUGUAUUUUAUUACCUUCUCGCAGGAGCGAGUGAAGAAGAGAGGUUGGCGUUUCACCUUAAAAAACCUGAGGAGUAUCAUUACCUCAACCAGAUGACAAAGAAACCCCUCAGACAGAGCUGGGAUGAUUGUUACUAUGACUCUGAGCCGGACUGCUUCACUGUUGAGGGUGAGGAUCUGAAACAUGACUUUGAACGCUUACAGCUGGCCAUGGAGAUGGUGGGAUUUCUCCCAAAGACCCGCAGACAAAUUUUCUCUCUUCUGUCUGCAAUACUGCACCUCGGGAACAUUUGUUACAAAAAGAAGACCUAUCGGGAUGACUCAAUAGAUAUUUGUAACCCUGAAGUACUGCCCAUUGUCUCAGAGUUGCUGGAAGUGAAAGAAGAGAUGUUAUUUGAAGCAUUAGUUACCAGGAAGACAGUAACAGUGGGAGAGAAGUUUAUUUUGCCAUAUAAACUAGCAGAGGCGAUAACAGUAAGGAACUCAAUGGCAAAAUCCUUAUACAGUGCCCUGUUCGAUUGGAUUGUUUUUCGCAUUAAUCAUGCGCUGUUGAAUACUAAAGAUUUGGAGGAAAACACAAAGACCUUGUCUAUUGGAGUACUUGAUAUCUUUGGAUUUGAAGAUUAUGAAAGCAACAGCUUUGAGCAGUUUUGCAUUAAUUUUGCUAAUGAAAGUUUACAGCACUACUUUAAUCAACAUAUCUUCAAACUGGAACAGGAGGAGUACCUAGCUGAAGGAAUCAGCUGGCACAGCAUAGACUACAUCGAUAAUAGUAGUUGCAUAAAUCUGAUCAGCAAGAAGCCAACAGGAUUACUCCACCUACUGGACGAGGAAAGCAACUUUCCUCAAGCCACAAACCAGACGCUACUGGACAAGUUUAAGCGCCAGCAUGAGGGAAACUCUUACAUCGAAUUUCCAGCCGUGAUGGAGCCUGCCUUUAUCAUAAAGCAUUACGCUGGCAAAGUGAAAUAUGGUGUGAAGGAUUUCCGAGAGAAAAACACAGACCACAUGCGCCCUGACAUUGUAGCACUCCUAAGAAGCAGCAAAAACGCCUUCAUCUGUGAGAUGAUAGGAAAUGAUCCAGUGGCUGUCUUCCGCUGGUCAAUUCUGAGAGCUUUUUUCAGAGCUAUGGUUGCUUUCAGGGAAGCUGGAAAGCGAUAUGUUGAGAAGAAAACCGGGCAUGAUGAUGCAGUGCCAUGUGCCGUUUUGAAAAGUGUGGAUAGUUUUAGCUUUCUCCAUCACCCAGUCCAUCAGAGGAGCUUAGAGAUCCUGCAAAGAUGCAAAGAGGAGAAGUACAGUAUUACCAGGAAAAGUCCCAGGACACCUCUUUCUGAUCUACAAGGUGUGAACACUAUUAUUGAAAGGACCCAGCGUGAUACUUACGGCAUUGGCUGGAAUGGCAGGCCAGGAAUCCGGCAGAGCAGGUUGGCUGUUACUAGCUCCUUGCUUGAUAAAGAUGGAAUAUUUGUUAAUUCAACCAACAGCAAGCUCUUAGAGAGAGCCCAUGGAAUUCUCAUGAGAAAUAAGAACUUUAAAGCCAAACCUAUUCUUCCAAAACACUUACUAGAGGUGAAGUCUUUGAAGCAUCUCACCAACCUGACACUACAGGAUCGCAUCACCAAGUCUCUUCUUCACCUGCAUAAGAAGAAGAAACCACCCAGCAUUAGUGCCCAAUUUCAGGUCUCCUUGAACAAACUGAUGGAGACGUUGGGUCAAGCAGAGCCGUAUUUCGUCAAAUGUAUUCGAUCCAAUGCUGAAAAGUUACCCUUGAGAUUCAGUGACAGCUUGGUGCUUAGACAACUGCGAUACACAGGAAUGCUGGAGACCGUUCGAAUUCGGCAAUCUGGAUACAGCUGCAAAUAUUCCUUUCAGGAGUUUGUGGGACAUUUCCAUGUUCUUCUUCAGAGGGGCACCAUUCCGUCUAAAUCGAAUAUCCAAGCUUUCUUCAGGAAAAUAGAAACUGAUCCAGAUAAUUACCAAGUUGGAAGAACAAUGGUAUUCCUGAAGGAGCAAGAGCGCCAGCACUUACAGGGCAUGCUGCAUCAGGAAGUGCUCUGCAGGAUCAUCCUGCUGCAGCGAUGGUUUCGGGCAGUGCUCCAGAGACAGCAUUUCCUCAACCUGAAGCGGGCAGCCAUUGUCAUCCAGAGAUAUUGGCGCAGUUACCAGAGUAGAAAGCAAGCGGAUAUUGAAGGCUUCCAUACGGAUACUGUUGCCCUCAACAAUGCAGCAAUAAUUCUUCAAUCCUCCUGGCGUGCUUACUUGGAGAGGAGAAGGUACUUGCAGAUCCAGGCUGCAGCCUCCAUCAUCCAAAAUAGCUGGAGACGAUACAGUAGACGCAGGCAUGCUGCAGCCACCCGCAUACAAGCUAGGUGGAGAGGUUUUUGGGAAAGCAGACUGUAUAGGGAGCAAAGGAACAAAAUCAUCCUGUUGCAAGCUGCAUUUAAAGGAUAUGAAGUUCGGAAAAGAUUUAAAGCUUUAAGUGGCCUAAGAUUAAAAGAUGUUAAUUUGGAAAACAGAUUGAAAAUCAAAGAGAAUGAAUUGGAAACAGAUGAAGUUUUGGAGAUUAAAGGUUCUGAUCCUUCAGAAUGGGAGGAUGGUUCCUUUGAAGAGAGAGUGAAAGCCGUAGCAGAACAUAAAUCCGUGAUAGAGAAUAGUCGGGUGAGCCAUCCUGACUUGUUGGACAGUUCUGAAGACUUACUAUAUAAGGGUCAGGAGAGAGCCAGUAGCCAAAGUGGCAUGGACUUGGAUCAAGAUGUGGUUGUUCGGAAAAGGCCCAAAUCCCUGGAAGAUCUCAACCAGAAAAAAGUGGGCCGAGCAAAGAGAGAGAGCCGAAGAAUGCGGGAACUAGAGCAAGCAAUAUUCAGCCUAGAACUGCUCAAGGUCCGUUCCAGUAGCGGAACCUCUCCCUCGGAAGAGCGUAGGUGGUCCACGGAGCUGGCAUCUGAGGGCCUUCAUUCCCCGCAAGGGACCCCUGAGAGUGAAAGCUCUCAGGGCAGCUUGGAACUUUUAAGCUGUGAGGAGAAUCUGAAGAGCAGAACUGAUCCUCUGAUUUCAGACGAAGGGGGUGUGCAGAGCCCCUCAGCCAAGACCCAGAAUUCAUUAUCGAGCAGUCCAAAUUUUGACUUGCAAGACGAUGCCAUCAGUGCAACUGAUUUUAAUCGAAAUGCAUUUAGGAGGAGAAGGACAUCUUCAGGUUCUGAGUUUCCAGAGAGUUCUUCUUUGAAGGAAAAGACAGUCUCCGAUUCUCCAGCCAUUACCUAUAGGCCACACCUAAGAGACAGUUUCUUUUCAAACAGUCUGCCUACUUUCUACAUACCACCACAGGACCACCUGAAAACAAACCAAGGUCUGAUGGAGAGUAACUUGAGAUACAAGCAGAUGAGAAAUGUUGAAAGGCCAGGUGCAGUUCUGGCCUUGCAUUCAGGGUCUGGGGCCGAAAAAUAUCCCAAGGCAGAGGAAGGUCACUUUGCUGUUUCACUGAAUACAAAUUCACUCAGUACUGAUGUUAGGAAGCUGGAACAGCUGAACGUUGAGAAAGAAGAACGGCAAAAACAAGUACAGCAGCAGAAUGAAAAGGAGAUGAUGGAACAGAUCCGUCAACAGAAGGACAUUCUGGAGAAAGAGCUCCAAGCUCAGCUACCAUUUGAAAAGCACGAUGGGAAAGGGGAAACCUCGAAGACAGUGUCGCUCAAGUCACAAAAGAAGGGAGCAGAUAGACCUCAGUCUCUCCUUAUCUUAAACACUCAAAGCAGAGGAGACUGUAAUGUGCCAGUGCCACAAUCAGUCGAUAUUAAAGGCCUCACGGUUGCCAAGAAAGGAAGCCCCCCUUCUCAUCUAGCUCAAAAGGACAGGCCCUCUAGCAUGUUCUUUGAGAGAAAAGAAAGUCAGCGGCAACCUACCGCUACACAGGAACUGGCCAAAAUGGACCACUGGAGCACUAAAUUGAAUGUAGAUUCCAAGGAUUUCUCCAGCAGCCAUCUCUCAAAGCCUGAGCACCUCAGACAGAUGCAGUUACACAGCCACAGCUUCGAUGGCUCUUUAAAUAAGGGAAAAGCAUCUGACAUUUUCUUCACUCCAAAAGAUAACCGUUUUGGCCUUCCCAACUUCAACAGAGAAUCUUUAACCCAAGGAAAUCAACCCCAUACAAAGGAUGAAUUAUCUAGGAAACCCUUGAAGAUGGCUGGGCCAGGCAGAGGACAGGUUGCCAGACCGGCCCAUAAAAAGAAAGCUCGCAUGGCGCGGACGCGCUCCGAUUUCUUGACUAGAGGUACUUUUGCUGAUGGGGAGGGGGAUACGGAGGAAGAUGAUUACGAUGACAUUAUUGAGCCCCUUCUCUCCCUUGACCAACCUUCUCACCUUGAGCCAGGGCCUUCAGCCAGACUUGGGCAGGCCUAUCACAGUGACUCCGAAAUGACUUUACAGCGCUUUGCAUCCGCUGAAGGUCCAACAAAGCUCCACAAAACAAUGUCUCAAGGAGAGAUUGGGAAGUUGUCAAGUAUACAUAAGACUCCAGCUACAGAUGGAAGGCCUCAGAAAACCAAGAUGAGAUUCUGGGCAAAGGGGAGACAUGGGGAAAAAAAGGCUUCUAGAGAGAAGCUUGCUACCCAGUCAGAGCUAUUGGAACUGCAUGCAGACCAAGAACCAGAAGACAUAGAUAAAGCCCCAGGUUUUCAGUUUAAUGAAGACAUAGGUCAGCACCACCUGACUCCCCCUAAGAGUCCUGAACUCCCUGGAAACUGCAGAAAAGAGUUCAAAGAGAACAAAGAGCCAUCACCUAAGGUGAAGCGCAAACGAAGUGUGAAGAUCAGUAAUGUUGCUCUGGAGUCCAUGCAAUGGCAGAACGACUCUGUCCAGAUUAUAACCAGUGCCAGUGACUUGAAAAGCAUGGAUGAGUUUCUUCUGAAAAAGAUGAAUGACCUAGACAAUGAAGACAGCAAGAAAGAUACCCUGGUGGACGUUGUGUUUAAGAAAGCACUGAAAGAAUUUCGACAGAACAUCUUCAGUUUUUAUUCAUCUGCAUUGGCGAUGGAUGAUGGGAAAAGCAUUCGGUAUAAAGAUCUAUAUGCACUAUUUGAGCAGAUUCUGGAGAAGACUAUGAGACUUGAGCAGAGAGAUUGGAGUGAAUCACCAGUCAAAGUCUGGGUCAACACAUUUAAAGUAUUUCUUGAUGAAUAUAUGACAGAAUUCAAGCCUAUGGAAUGCACUACCACCAAGGUUCCAAAAGCAGAAAGAAAGAAGAGAAGGAAAAAAGACACUGAUGUUGUGGAAGAAUACAAUGGCCAUAUCUUCAAGGCCACCCAGUAUAGUAUACCUACUUAUUGUGAGUACUGUUCCUCCCUGAUAUGGAUAAUGGACAAAGCUUCAGUGUGCAAACUCUGCAAGUAUGCUUGCCAUAAGAGGUGCUGCCUUAAAACCACAAUCAAAUGCUCUAAAAAGUACGAACCAGAGCUUUCGUCUCGGCAGUUUGGAGUCGAACUGUCCCGGUUGACGAAUGAAGAGCGAACAGUUCCCAUUGUGGUGGAGAAGCUCACAAACUACAUAGAAAUGCACGGGUUGUAUACCGAGGGAAUUUACCGCAAGUCUGGCUCAACUAAUAAAAUCAAAGAGCUACGGCAUGGUCUAGAUACAGAUAUCGACAAUGUGAAUCUAGACGACUACAACAUUCAUGUUAUUGCGAGUGUAUUCAAACAGUGGCUGAGAGAUUUGCCCAAUCCUCUCAUGACUUUUGAACUCUAUGAAGAAUUUCUCCGAGCUAUGGGCCUGCAGGAAAGGAAGGAGAUCAUCCAAGGAGUGUACUCUGUAAUUGAUCAGCUCUCCCGCACCCACCUCAACACCCUGGAACGGCUCGUCUUUCAUCUUGUCAGGAUUGCCCUGCAGGAAGAGACCAAUAGGAUGUCAGCUAAUGCGUUGGCCAUUGUCUUCGCUCCCUGUAUUCUCCGCUGCCCGGACACCAUUGACCCUCUGAAGAGUGUUCAGGACAUUAGUAAAACAACCACCUGUGUGGAGCUCAUUGUCACAGAGCAAAUGAAUAAAUACAGAGCUCGUCUCAAGGACAUCGAUAGUCUGGAGUUUGCUGAGAACAAAGCAAAGAGCAGGCUGUCCCUGAUUCGCAGAUCAAUGAAACCUGUACUAAUUGCAGUUAGAUUUAUGAGCAUAACCCGCAAUUCAAUCCCGGGGAAGGGACGCCUUCGCCGGGCAAGCAACCCAAGCCCGUCCUCCCCAGGGGCGGUCCGGUUGCCCUCCGUGACCGAUGUCCCCGAAGAGAGCGUCAGCAGUGAAGAAGCAAUGGACGUGGAGGUCACAGAACAGCAGCAGGCGGCUAUGCAGCGGGAGGAGCGGGUGCUGACUGAACAGAUUGAGAGCCUGCAGAAAGAGAAGGAGGAGCUAACUUUUGAGAUGCUGGCACUGGAGCCCCGAGCCUCUGAUGAUGAAACACUUGAAUCUGAAGCCUCCAUUGGCACCGCCGACAGCUCUGAAAAUCUGAACUUUGACUCUGAAGGCGCUGUCUCGGAUAGAUCAGAGAGAAGUUUAACGAGAGACAAGUUUACUAAGGCCGAACCUUCGAACAAGUUGAGACGGCAGCUGAAAAAGCAGCAGGACUCUCUGGAUUCACUGGACUCUUCAGUCUCUUCCCCAUCUCCGUCUCACACUGCCUCCUCCCACGUGACCAGGAAGCGAUUCCAGAUCUAUUCCAAAUCCCCCUUCUACCGAGCGGCCUCCACCGGGGACCCCACCGAGCUGAGGCUGGGGAUGGAAGGGUCCUCGGGACAGUCGAGAGCCCUAGAAGAGAGGCCUCAGUUUAUCAGCCGAGGGACCUUCAACCCGGAGAAGGGCAAACAGAAACUGAAGAAUGUGAAAAACUCACCCCAGAAAACCAAAGAGCCCCCUGAAGGGGACGCUGGGGCGGGCCAAAAGGGAAAUGCUGGUGCCGACUGCAGUUCCACUCAGCAGCUAGUUCUCUUUGGAAGCAAUGAAUUCAUGGUCUAAAUCCCGUUUCCCCUUUCCCCGUCCCCCCCCACCCCUUUCCUCCUCUUCGCUCCCCACAGACCCGCGUCUCCACUUCCAUAGUUUUCCGCCUGGGAUCCCAUACAAGCAAUCACUGGCUGCUUGGAUAUCCAGUUGUAGUGCCAGAGGGAAAAAGAGGUGGCAAAUAUAAGGGAAACCUGUUGGGGAAAGUUUCAGCUGUGGCCUUUGCUGUUUUUACUCUUUUGGAACUCGAAACCUGCCAGGACUUCUCUUUGAACUAGGAGUUCAAAGGUUUUCUUACAGUCUCGGGAGGGGGAGUGUCGCCAGCGAACUCCGUCUCACUCCACGUCGGCUCCUCACCCCUCCCAAACUCAGUUCUGUCCUUCGUGGGCAGAGGAGUGGGGGGAAGGGAAACCGAGGCAUUUCAGGACUGUGCUCUUGCCGGAUGGUUAACAGUUGGGGAACCGAUCCUCAUCCUCCUUGACCUUGAAGGCAAAAGCUACAGACUUUGGUUCGGGAUAGUCGUAAGCCGGGGUUGGACGUGGAUUUUCCCAAGAACCUCCCGCAAGCCGAGAGACUGAGCUGAUCCUUCAGAGCUGUUUAUAAAUCACUCUGUACUGGUGUCAGGUGCAAAUGAAAAGCAAUCGGAGCAGGUCUCGAACUCCACAGGGUUAUGCAAUGGAAGAAGAGACUCGACUGUUUAUUUUCACGUUGUUGAUAAAAUUUCAGAAUCACCAAGUCAGUCUGACUCCUGGUUAGUUCACGCCAAAUAUCCGUGCCGAAUUUUCAAUAGCCAUAAUGCGCCUGGUUCCUUCAGAGUGUAUUUUUUAAAGACGCCUAUAGAAAUCCAACCCUUGAGCGUCACGGCUGCAUCCCAAACCCUCACGCUAUUCUGUUGACCAAACGAAAGGCGGUAUCUGAACCAACCUGCUGCUGACUGAAGAGGACAGGAGGGACGUUCUCAUCCCCAUCCAGACACGGUGACUGUUUCAUCCCAUCUUUCCCCAACACGCUUGCCCAGAACCUAAGUGUUACAGCAAUCUGCCAAGAGAAAUCGUUCUUUAGAAAGUGACCCAACUAAGGUUUGUCCUCUUUUUCAGAUCGUCAGUAUUACAUAGUUGAAAACCAAGCCAGGACUACUUGAAGCUAUUUUUGUUAAUAUUCCGCUUACUUAAGUUCCUUGUAAAUAGAUCGAUUGCUUUUUGGUUCAUCUUCCCCAAAGUGGGACCUUUUGCCCUAGUGAGAGAGUUGGGAAGGGAGGAAGUAACAGGAGAUGAGGGGCAUGGCCUGCUGUCUUUCUCUCCCUCCUCUCCCCCUCUUUCUCCUUCUCUCUCUCUUGCAGGGACAGUACAGUUGUGGCAUCGCUAUCCCCACCAGAUGGGCCCACGCCCCCUGCAGCAGCACACUUGUGAGAUUGUAAACCUGUUUUAGCUAUUUAUAUUGUGUAGGACAUUAAGGCGUGUUCACCUCACUGUAAAUGGGACACCCUUGUUUGAGAUAAGUAUGUGAAACUGUUUCUUUUUGAAGUUCCUAUUGCAGCUCUCCGAUCCCACAUGCACUGCUCUGAAACACAGACUCCCCCCAGCCGCCAACCUACAGCUGCGUUUGCCUGUUUGCCGAUAGUGUUGCCCCGAAACAAGCCACUAAUUAGGAAGCAUCUCUGAAUCGCAUCUGUAAGCCAAGGUUAGUGAUUAUCCUGGCUUAGGCUAACAGUCCAGAACCCCACAGAUAGGCAGGGCCCCCCCACAAGACUCGGGAUGUUUCCCCCAUAGGUCAGGGCAGAGAAAGGAGAGCUUCAGAGCCCAAGGACAGUGACCAAAUUAGUGAACACUGGAUUUGACCUGUUAUUGGCUAGACUGGUCAGGAAAGAAGUGUUGAGACCAAAAAGAGACUGCCGGCCCAAGCCCCCCGGCUUACUGUGGCCACUCAGUUGUUAGGUUACUUGCCAAAUCUCCGGUCCUGGAGCGAAAGGACAUUCACUGCAUCCUUGAGUGCCCUCCCUCCCUCCCCCACCACCCUCACACUGUGGGAACAAUAGAAGCUUGUUCAACGUGGGAGGAAUCUGGGCUCCUUGCAUUACUUCAGUUCUGCAGUAGAUUUCCACCCUCUCUUGGUCCUCCCCUUUAAUUUCCCCCAGCAGUUGAAUACCGUAGCAAAAACUGAGUUCCAUUAAGUUGUCUAUAUGUAAUUAUUCCUCCUUUUAGACCUUGACCAAUUACCCAGAGUUGGCAUUCUGUUGUGCGGGUAUUCUGUCAGAAGCCAAAUUUCUUUAAGGUAUUUUCUGCAAUUAAAAAAAAAAUCUGAUAGCUCACUGCUAGUAACUAGAGUUACAAAGCAAGAAUAUUUGUAAUUUCUCAGGGAACUCAAACCUGAUAUGGAUUAAUUAGUACAUGUAAACCAACUUCAUCUACGUUGUUAGGCGUGGGCACUUCUAGUCAUUUUAUGCAUCAGUCAGAAUCUACAGGAUGAUGGCGUUUUUGAGGGUUUGUUAGUAAGUAUGGCUACUGGAGUAUUUUAAUUUAAAAAAACACGCACAAAUCACAGCGUAAUACGUGGUGUCUAUUGGGAGGGGGCAUUUAUGAAACGGUAACAAUCAGAAAGGUUUAACCGGAAGUAAAUGCAUCAGCUCAUCUAAUUUUUUCAGUAAAGGUCCUGGGUCCAAUUUCACAUCUAAAUACCCCAAUCUAAUCAAUCCCUCCUACUAUUAAAGAGUUGAAUAAUUUGCUCAUCUAUACUGGAUUGAAGAUUUCAGUCCUUUGGUUCUUUUAAAGAUUAAGAAAUUCAAUUUGCAUAAAACAUGAUUUUAAGUGAUUCUCCUUAGAUUCCCUUUUGCAUUCUCUGUUGAACAGUCCAAGAAUCCAAUUGGAAGCGGGUCACCAGGCUUGCUGCAAAGGGACUGAAAUUCAAGCUCUUCGUUCACUGUCACAAAUCCCCAUUGGCUUUCCUGCACGGUGCCCUUAGCAAACCCCAGCAGUAAAAAUACAGUAAGCGUCUGGAAAUUCGAUCUGUGGAUCAGAACAUAACCGCAAACAUCAUUCUAGGAGUUGAGAAAUGUAAAUUUGUAACUUGCCUCCUUUUCCAUUUACUUCCUUCUGGGGCUUUUAGUGUUGAAUUUUUGAGCUAGUGUAGAAGCUGCCAAAGAGGAUUCGGGAGAAAAAUUUUACAGUAAUGGAGGUUUUUAUUAGAAGGAAAUACAUUACCUUUAAUAGUGUCCAUAUAAGGUGUGGAAGAAGAGAAGCGCAGAAGCUGCGGGAGGUGCCUCCCAACUCCCCAUGGUUUUUGUUCCCCAGAGAGUGUGAUUCGGGUGCCUGAAAGGGUAGAGCUGAGACAGAAGGAAAGGCUCCCGCCAGCUUAGGGUAGGAAGGUGGAAGGGGAGGGCAGGAGGUGGGGUGGGAGGAACUCGUUCCUCGGAAAGUUUUCGGAGGUGAAAGUUGUACAGCCCUAUGUGGUUGAGUUGGGUCACUUUUUUUUUUAAAGUUCUUGAUCCUUUCGCAUCUUUUCACGGGCAUAUUUAGUCUCCUGUUAGAAACCAGAUGCACGCCUACUGUAGGGGUGGGGAAGCAUCUCUCCACGCUGCUCAGCUCUCCACCUCACUGAACAUCUUUUCCACGCUCACAGAUUAUUCGCGUUUCAGAACUUCUCCCCGCCAUACAGAAACUCACUUGGGCAAAAUCCUUUGGGACCGGAAGGUCUAUCCUUGGGGUGGCCUCCACGUGCCUCCACCGUUCUUGUUUUUCAUCUACAAACUCCUCCACUCAUCGUUUUCAGCCUUGAAGGUGAAGAGUGAGAUGGUUUUAAUGGGUCCAAAUUGGUGUAGGUUAUUUGUUUAAUAUUAACAUUUCGACUACAGGCACUGGGUAAAAAAGUCUCUUAAGCUCCCCGUCCACUUUAACCCGAUGCCUGUUUUCCAGUCCUCUCUCAAGUAGGUAAGCAAAUAGGUUCUCAGCUAGGAUGCACCCCUUGUACCAAGUGAAUGUACUUACUACGGGAAAGGGCAUGGACUGCGUAUUAUUGUUAUAUUAUUUUUAAUGGAUUUUUUAAGUAAUUUAUAAGUAUGCUGAGUGUAAAUUAAAAGAACAACAAAGUAUGUAUUGUAAAAGGAUAUAUUAUCCUGUGUCAUACUCUCUAUAAAUUGUACUUGUUUAAAAAUAAAAGGAUAAGUAUAUAAGGAGAAUGAUUUAUCUUCCCCUCAGAGCCAGAUUGUGUUCACGAUGCAGUCAACAGGCACUUUGUAAUUUCCUGUCAGAGUUUCCUUUAUUUUUUUUCCUUCUGAAACAAGGCCGUCAUCUGUAUAAAGUGCAAUCUGUGUAAUAUUUCUUAAAUAUAUACUGUAUGGCUGUACAAGACCAACUUUAUGAACAAAUAACUCCUGGCUUAUUAAAAGAACAAAGCUUGAAAAAUGUUAA